CAAGUAUCUUUAUAAAUUUAGAAGGGUUUUGUUGAGGUUAUGCUGAUCAUGACGACGGACGUCAGCUACAGUUAUCACAGACUUGUCUUAUAGUAUUGGUUGAUCUUAACCAAACUCCUCUAUCUACACCGUCAUUCGCAUAAAACAUCUGAAAAUCUUUGUUUGUCGGGCAAAGACUACCUUUGACUGUGGUACCAAAGCACCAGAGUUUAUUGUUUGAAGAUUUCAACUCUGCCAAGUAUCUGAAAUGGCUGAACAUUUCACAGAUGAAGAAAUAGAAGAUUUCAAGAAUGCCUUCCAACUCCUGGACAGGGAGGAGAAUGGCUUGAUACCAUUCAAGAAGAUCGGAUUCCUACUCCGUUCUGUGGGUGAGAACCCUACCGAUUCUAAGAUGAAUGAGAUCAUCAACGAUCUCCACGACGCCAAUGGUUUCGUGCGUGGCCGUUGGAUCGACUUCACUGACUUUCUCCUCAUCAUGUCGGAGAUAAGAAAUGAAGAUGAGAAAAACAUCAUCGCCGAUGUAUUUAGAGUCUUUGAUAAGGAAAAUACAGGAAUCAUGAAGAAAGACGAACUUCGAAUGGUUCUCGAAGUUUUGAAAGAUGACGUCAUCCAAGAGGAUAUCCCCGAGAUGCUUGCCGAUUUGGAUCUCGAUGACAAUGGUGAUAUAUCCUUCGAAGAACUAGCUGCUGUCAUGGACUUUAACAAGAAAUCGGCGAAUGCACAUGAAUCAAGCAGUGAGACGGGAUCAUCCACCCAGGAGGCUGGAACAAGUAAUUAGCGAACGAAACUAUGCAAACGUGUACAUCAUGCUCCACCACGCGUGUCUUCCUCAGUUUUUGAUAAUUUCGGUGUGUUAACCAAGUCCAAGGAUUGUUUAAAAUAACUUAAAUAACUUGAAACAACUUGAGUCAUAAUGCAUGGCCGUCCAGAGGAUUUUUUUAAGUUGGGGACCGGGAUAAAAUGCAAUAAAUAAUUGACAAUUUAUUGCAUUUUUAAUUUUUUUU